UUACAGGCCAGACAGCGUAUCCAAGAGGAGAAUCUGCAUCGAUUGGAACGUAUCUAUGCAAACGAACAAAUGAGGCCCAUCGCGAAAAACCAAUCACCGACACAACAACAACAACCUCGUCCACCUCCGGGUAGACCAAUCAUCAGUGCUAAGAAUACCCCCACCUAUGGACGGGAUCGAGUAAAUGGUGCUGAUCACGAUUUCCAAAGUGCGAAACCACAGCGAGUUCUGUGUGUCUCGACACAGCUCGAUCACGUGCCACACAAUCUGACUGUGUUUCGAUCUCCGGACGAGCCUGGCAGAGCACAAAUUGUACCAGGUUGUCCAACGCUCACAUAUCUGGAUUGGGUGGAGGAUUCCGAACCGAUGUUUGCUGAACAGCGACCAACCACGGAAGAGCGGAUGAACUCUCGGAAGGCACCGUCAGAUAUGAGGAUGACACUGAUCAACUAUCACUGGCACUUUAAUAUAAACGCAUUCCGGGCUCGUGAGAAGAUCAGCGGACCGGACACCGUCAAGCAAAGGGACUUCUCCAAUCUCAAAGAUAAACAUCCGAAAGCAAAAUAUGUACAAUCACGAUAA